AUGUGGAAAAGUCACAUUGCUAAAAUAGCAGAACGAGUCUCCAAUAGACUGAAUGUACUGAAGCGUCUUGCUGGUAGCGUAUGGGGCUGUGCACGCUCAACUCUCAACACAACUUACAAGAUGUUUAUUCAGCAAAUAAUGUUGUAUUGCUGUGAGCCACUCAUUACAGCCACAGAGGUGACUCUCAAACCCCUCGAGAAGGCACACAACCAAGCAUUACGACUAAUUACUGGAGGGAUAAAAUCAACACCCAUUGAUGCAAUGCUCCUAGUUACAGGAAGCACAACAAUAUGUUCCCUUAUCAAAGAAAAGGCCUUGAUCCUCACCUAUGAGAAUAGACCAAGACAUUUGAAAGCGCAAUCUGGUCUAAAACAGAAAGCCAUAGAACUGAAGAAAUCAUUACAAAUCGACGGCAGACCAAAAAGCCUCCCUCUACUCAUGAACCCAUUAGCAGACACUGAUGUAGUGUGUUGCACCCAACUGCUCGACUACUUCAGGAAAUCAAACAUCCCUCCAGAGCAAAUGCACUCACUGGCCUUUGAGACAAUCAAUGUCAACUAUCUUGCAGAUCAAUGGCUCCAAGUCUUCGAUGUUAACUAUCCUGCAGAUCAAUGGCUCCAAGUCUUCACGGAAAGCCAAGGAAACGUUGGUGCAGGUGUCUAUUCUGAACUCUUCUCAUCAAUGGCCCCUAGUGUCUACUCUGAACUCUUCUCUUUCUACGCAGCAGCAACACACAAUAGAUCCGCUAUUGAAGGAGAAAUAGAGGCCAUGAGGAUAGAAAUGUGCCAAUUAUGUUGCCUGGAUACGAAAUUCACAAAAGCGGUGACAAUUAUGUUGCCUGGAUACGAAAUUCACCAAAGCAGUGAUACUUCCGGACUCACAGUCAGCAAUAGACUCUAUUGGAAACAGAGAGUACCCAAAACAGCUGAGAUAUACGAAAGUGAAAAACUCUAUGAGCUGCUGAGAGAGAAAAACAAAACAGUGGUUCCACAAUGGAUUCCUGGUCACUGUGGCAUUAAAUGCAAUGCACAAUGGAUUCCUGGUCACUGUGGCAUUAAAGGCAAUGAGCUUGCUGAUACACAUGCUAAGAAGUGGACAAGGAUUUUGCAAUGCAUGGACAGGCCGCUGUCUUUCCACACAAUGAAGGCCUUAAUCAGGAGAGAAUUAAGGACCUCAAUGUUCAACGAACUCAAAGCUCGAACAAAGGAGAAACAGCGGACAGUGGCACUCUCCGACAUACCCGACUGGCCAAGAAUCGAAGCCGUUGCUGAGUUUAGACUACGUACCGGACACAAUUGCCUGGCAAAACACCUUCACAGAUUGGGAUUAUACACUCAACCCACAUGCCCUCUAUGUAACCUAUAG